GGGCGGGCGCGGCGGGGCUGCGCUGCGCUGCGCCGGUGCUGCGCGGCGAUGGAGGAUCCCCGAGGAGCGCCGCUGGGACUGCUGCUGGGGCUGCUCUCCUUCCUCGCCUCCCGCGGAGGGACAGCGGCGUUUCUGGUGACAGUCCCAUACACACUCUGCAUCUGCCCCGAGGGCCAGAAUGUCACCCUGAGCUGCCGAGUGAGCGGGCCGCCCGCUGACCACCACGACCUGAUCUUCAAAACCUGGUACUUCAGCAACAACGGUGACCAGAGUUGCUCUGAGAAGCGGCACGUUCGCAACCUAACCGAGAAGGAACUGCGCCAUGAUCCAGGCAGGCACCACAGCACCGCUGCCAACAGCACCGCGAGGUCCCCCCAUGGAUCACUGGCUAGUCACCAUGGUGUGGAGUUCGUCCCUGACCACCACGGGGCUUUCCACAUUGUGGUGAUGAACCUGACGCUGCAGGACAGUGGGAAUUACUGUUGCUACGCCAUGGAGACACGGCGGGAUCACGGGAAGGCCCAUACCCUGCACAUAGCUCAUGGCUUCGUGGAGCUGCAGAUCCAGAGGGGCAGAGGAUCGCUUCAGAACUGCACCUUUCACACUGCCACCAGCAAAGAUAUCACGGCCGCUGCACUGGCAACAGGCGCCUGCAUCGUGGGCAUCCUCUGCCUGCCCCUCAUCUUGCUCCUGAUUUACAAGCAGCGGCAAGCGGUCAGCCACAGACGUGCUCACGAGCUGGUCCGAAUGGAGAGUAGUGCUCAGGGCAUCGAGAACCCCGUCUUCGAGGCGCUCCCUGCGGGCAGCACUGAGCAGCGGCCCCGGCCCCAGCUCUCCUACUUGGGCGGGCGGCAGCUCUCUGAGUCUGGCCGGCACCUGCUGUCUGAGCCCAACACCCCGCUGUCCCCACCAGCCCCUGGGGAGUGCUUCUUCCCCACUCUGGACCCUGUUCCUGAUUCACCAAAUUCCUUGAAAGCCUGAAGAGCCCCAUGGCAAACGCAGCGGAGGAGGGCCCUGUGUUGUGGUUGUGCUGGAGGGGAUACAGCCAGGGUGGGCAGCAACUCCCACCCAGCCACCCCCAGCAGGAAGAUUAAAAAUAAAUUGAAUAAAGACCUCCACACCUUCCUCUUCCCACUACCUGUAUGGCAGCUGCUGGUUUUCCCUCACAUUACAAGGAGGAACGCGAAGAGAGAACAAUGGAAAGAGCCUGAUCUCAGUCGUCAUUAUGCACCGGGCAAUAGAGAAGGGGAGGAUGCCAAUAAAAUCAAACAACAGCAAAGUGCCUUAAAAAAUCAAGUCAAGCCCAGGAGCCUUGCCCGUUUCCCCUGUCCCAGCGACCUCUCUUGCUUGGGCUUUGGGUUUUACUGCCUAUUUCCAUGGCCAAGAGCAUGGAGAGGGACGAUUGUGCGCAGCCUGUGCGAGGAUGUAUGCUAUUGACAUUUCAUUGAUUGUGGAUCUCACCUUGUGCCUAAAUCCCAGAGGAUGGAAGGAAGAGCAGCUCUGGGCCCCAGGUGCUGCAACUCUGGCUCCUCCUGCCAGCCUCCCCCAGCACUUAACUUAUUGUCAGGGGCUCCACCUGCGUGGUGCUCACCCGUCCUGCUCGCUUGGACAGCACAUCCUUUCCAGGAGCAUAUGGUAAAGUACUUGAAGCACUGCGAGACAAAACAGUGGCACCAGCCAACUUUACACGAAGGGUUUCUUUGCAAAACAGGAAGGGGAGAGGCUCACUCCUGCAGCAGCCCUCCUGCCCCACUGCCUGCUGGCACGAUCUGCAGCCAGAGUUUGUGCUGUGAUUCUGUACUCGGCUUCAGAGCAGUAGGAUUCAUCUUUCUGUUUGUGUCAUUAUCAGUGCUGAUUAAAAAGCAUCCUUUUUUUUUUUUUUUUUUUUUUUUUUUUUUAAGCUAAUAAGUCAGAUAGGUUGUCUGCAGGGUGCUGGUGGAUUUUCUGGCUCUGCAUGCAGCUGCACUGGCAUCACCUUCGCUGCAAAACUGAGCAGUCCCAGGGCACUGAAACAGCCGGCGCCAUGCAAGCAAAACCUGUCUAUGCACAGCAACCCUGGUGCAGAAAGCUGCCCAGCCUCAGUGGCACGAAGCCAUCAAGGAAAGGCUGUGCCUUUAUGAGGAGGAAGGUUUAACCCACAGUAUGGCUUAAGAAAAAGACACAAAGAGGCAUGAGAGCCACUGGGCGGGCAGAAGUGUGAGGAUUUGCAAGCCAUGACCUGUGCUGCUGCUUGCAGCAAGUUUCCUCCAAAUGCAGAGCAGGGCUUUGCAGCCGGCAUGCUGCCAGAAGAUGCAUGAGAUGGGGAGAGAUAAGGGCGAGGUGGAGGCGAGGCUAGAUGGCAGCGAGGUCAUGCUGUACUGGGAACAAUGUGCACUUGCAUAUGGGUGUUCGCUCAUGCACCUCACUGGGUUCAGCAUCCUGAGACCAUUCUCUGUUUUGGUGUGAGCCAGUGGGCAGGACAACCCCUGCUUGCCCGUGGGGAUGCUUGGAGUUUUCAGCUAAUACAGAUAAGAAAGAGCUCAGAACUUCUGCUUAAACCACUUCAGAGCAGAGGUGGGGUAUGAAACACAGCGCAUGAGACACAACUGACGGCGCGUGCUGAAAGCAGCAGUGAGGCGGCACCUCCCAAAACACCCCAAAGCAACCAGAAAGGGUCCAAGGCACCGCAUGUACCAAGGAUGGACUCCAAACCACAACCUAAAGCAACACGGUAACGUAUGGCCAGACCGUCAAAGCAUCACCACAGAGCUUCUUAUCCACCCCCUCCUGCACCCAUCCCCACGCAGCGCUCAGCCCCGCAUCCCAGCGGCUCACCGACAGCGAGGGGGUACCCUCGUCCUCCACAGUGACCAGCAGACAGUAGGAGCUCUGCCGCUCACGGUCCGGCGGGGAGGGUCGUGUGGCGAUCUCGCCGGUGACGCGGUCCAUGCGGAAGGUGAGGUCCUCAUUCCCGUGGGUGAUAUAGUAGGAUAGUACGCUGUUGAGGCCAGCAUCCCGGUCAGUGGCGCGCACCUGGACCACCGCCGUGCCCCCACCGACGUUCUGCAGGGAUACACAUACAGAGGCAUGAUAAAACGUAGAAAAGACGUCGUUCAUUAUAUUGGUAACAUCAUUCUAAUAUAGAGUGGGAUUUCCCAGGCAGUGUGCUGCUCCAGGCUCCAAACUCCAUCCCGGCAUCCAGCAAAGCAGGGGCUGUCCCCCUUGACCAGCACGUUGGGAUGAAGCCCUUGGGUUUCCUGCUGCAGACAGCCAUGCAUUUGGUGCUAUCUGGGCUCUUUAAGUGUAAAACCUGAAGGUGGAGGCUGUGUAAUGCACUCAGAGUUCAGCUAAUUAUUUCUAGAUGGUCCCAUUACAGGGGAAAUCAAAAGAGAAAUUCUGUUCUUCGACCAGCUCCAACCAUGCAUUACAGAGAUAAGGAAAUCCUAACAGGGCAAUAAUGUUAAUGCGAAACUGUUCAUCAUGAGCAGCACUCCCACGCAUCCGAGUGUCACUAUCGCUUAUAUUUCAUUUUUCACCCUCAAAUGGAGAACCCAUGGCCCAGGAAUUAAACCUGCAGGAAAUAA